AUGAAGAGAGACAGAGAAGAGGGUGAGUUAGACAACAUGGCUAACUGUCUGAUGCUAUUGACCAAAGUUGGUGAGAGUGAAGCCAACGCAACAUCUAAGGGUAGAGAUAAAAGGGAUGGUGAAAUUGGUGAUUUCAAGUGCAAAACUUGCAAUAGAAGGUUUUCUUCUUUUCAAGCACUUGGUGGGCACAGAGCAAGUCACAAGAAACCAAAGCUCAUGAUCACUGAUCUUUCGUGCCGUCACCAGUUACCUUGUACUCCAACCACCAAACAACAACCUCGGAUGCACCCGUGUCCCAUUUGUGGGCUUCAGUUUGCCAUUGGACAAGCAUUGGGAGGGCACAUGAGGAAACAUAGAACUGCCAUUAAUGAUGGUCUGUUGAAUAGGAGAGAUUCGGAUUCUUUGUCCAUUCUGAAGAAAUCUAAAAAUGGUGGAAGGUUGAAUUUGUGUUUGGACUUGAACUUGAUGCCAUUGGAGGAUGAUGAUCUUAAGCUCAAUCUAAGAACACCCGUUCUCAAUUGUUUCAUUUGAUUGGAAAUUUUGUACUUAUCCAGAUUCUUUUUUUCCUUACACAGUUCUUGUGUGUUUUUUCGUAAUUUAUUAUAUGCAUAUGAACCUACUUGUAGUUCAUUUUGUAGUCGUAUC